CGUACUUCCUCUAAGUAUCGGCUCCGGGGAAAACAACAUCUACAGCACCCCAGCCUCAAGUCAAAACACCAAGUAUUCAUCGCCGUUACCACCUAUUAUCACCUUCGACGUAUUCUCCGUGGUCCUUAACUCCUUCCGCACAAGAUGCCUCAGAACGAGCACAUUGAGUUACACCGCAAGCGGCAUGGCUACCGCCUGGACCACCAUGAAAAGAAGAGGAAGAAGGAGAGCCGUGAGGUUCACGAGCGCUCGCACAAAGCCAGGAAGCUGAUCGGUCUGAAGGCCAAACUCUACCACAAACAGAGACACUCAGAGAAGAUCCAGAUGAAGAAGACCAUCAAAAUGCAUGAACAGAGAAAGACCAAGCAGAAGAACGAUGAUAAGACCCCAGAGGGAGCGGUGCCGGCCUACCUGUUGGACAGAGAGGGACAGUCUCGCGCUAAGGUCCUCUCCAACAUGAUCAAACAGAAGAGGAAAGAGAAAGCUGGCAAAUGGGAGGUCCCGCUGCCCAAGGUGCGAGCACAGGGAGAGACGGAAGUGCUUAAAGUCAUCAAAACUGGAAAGAGACAGAAGAAGGCGUGGAAGAGAAUGGUCACCAAAGUUUGUUUUGUCGGCGACGGCUUCACUCGUAAACCUCCAAAAUACGAGCGUUUCAUCAGACCCAUGGGUUUACGUUUUAAGAAAGCUCACGUCACACAUCCCGAGCUGAAAGCCACGUUCUGCCUCCCCAUCCUCGGGGUGAAGAAGAACCCCUCGUCUCCUCUCUACACGUCUCUGGGAGUCAUCACCAAAGGAACGGUCGUCGAGGUCAAUGUCAGCGAGCUGGGCUUAGUCACACAAGGAGGAAAAGUCAUCUGGGGUAAAUACGCCCAGGUGACGAACAACCCAGAGAACGAUGGCUGCAUCAACGCAGUUCUGCUCGUAUAAGACUCUUGACCGUUAUACAGACUGUGCCUGGUCACUCGUAUUUUUACUCGAGGACUGUCGAUGACUACAAACAACACGAAGAUGUGACGAGCAAUGACCUUCAUGUUCUGGGAACAGCAGGAAGGUCGCUGAUGCUGCACCUGGCAGAACGUUUUCUUUGUAACAGGAGGAUGUAAGAAGAAGGACAACGUGGUAAUGAUGUGUUAAAUAUGAUUUAAAUAAACCUGAUUUCACACAAGA